CAUGACUUGGCUUUACAAUGUCGCCUAGUGCAAGUCAUGUGGACACCACCUCCGCAAUGGCAGAGGAUGUCCGCGCUGUAUUCGCAUAUGGCACUCUUCGUGGCGAUUUCAGUGAGAAGGGUGACUUUUGGGGAGUGAUUGCAAAAACAGGUGCUGCAUGGGUUCCUGCAUCGGUGCCCGGCUUCAAGCUGUACCAAGAGGAUUGUGCAACAUAUCCGUUUGCCCUUCAGACUGAGAGCUCUGAGGACGUGCUACAUGGUACGCUUCUUAUGUGGUCGCAGACAUUAGCAAGGAGAGCCAUUCAGAGAUGCGAUCAAAUCGAGGGCUUUGAUCCUGAAAGUCCGCAUGAUGGUUUGUAUCGUCGUGCGAUGGUUGAUGUACCCGUUUCUGUCGACGGGCUGAUGAAAAUGGUCAAAGAAAAAGACUUGCUGAAGGACAUCCUUGGCAAAUCGAGUGAUCCGUCGAAAGAUGGAGACUCAGCUUCAGUGACAGUGAGGGCUUUUGUGUACCAUCAGCCGAUGGAUGGGCGUGAAAAGGAGGUGAAACACUUCCCAGGUGGUGACUGGCUUUCAAAGUGAGUGAAGUAGCGAAUCUGGCCGAACAGAGCAAUGUACAACGAAGCACCAAAAUGGUGCGCAUCGUGAAAAGAUGCCAAUAACUCCUUCC